AGCAGCAGCAGCGGCAGCCACGCAAGAAGGGCAAGGGGGCCUCUGGCGCCAAUCUCCAAUCUGUGGACUUCACGACGGCGCUGCUCAUGAGCCGGGAGCUCGAGCAAUCUAUUGUACCGGCACGCGUCGAGAACGCCUACCAGAUGGACGCGCACAACUUGGCGCUGCAGCUCCGAACCCUCGAGGGCAACAUAUGGCUGCAUGUGUCGUGGCACCCCAAGGGCGCGAGGUGCCACGUGGGUGGGGAUGUGCCUAGGGAGAAGGAACAGAAGGCGUACACCUUCUCGCAAACGCUACGGUCGCAGAUUCGGGGGCUCAACAUAAUCUCGGUGGGGCUCGCGCGGCCGAUGGAGCGCGUGGUGCGGCUCGACCUCGCCCCGAGGCUUGACACCCCCGCGACCUUCCGCCUUUACGUCGAGAUUAUGGCCAGCCGCAGCAACGUCGUGCUGGUCGCCGUGGACGAAGCGAGCGGGUCGGAAACGAUAGCCGCGUGCGCCUACCAGGUCAGCCCGAGCAAGUCGGUGCGGCCCCUCUCGACAGAGAGACUAGCUGACCUGUCCGUCCUGCCGCCGCUCGCAGGCCAGGCCUACGUGCUUCCCCCGGCCAUGACGGCGCGGCGGCGCCCCCGCCCGGAGGAGCCGUUCGAAGACUUCGUCGAGGCGGUCGGCAGGGUCCCCACGCAGCAGCUCAAGAAGGCCCUCGUGGCCGUGUACCAGGGCCUCAGUCCCAUGCUGGUCACCGUCAUGGCCUCUCGCGUCCCGGGGCUAACGGCGGCGACGAAGGUCGGGGAGGUGUCCCCGGAGCAGUGGAGCGCGCUUUUCGACGGCCCCUGGAAGCGGUGGCUAAGGGUCAUCGGGGACGGGGGGGACGCCGCCGCCGGCGCGGCAGGGAUGGCAGAUGGUAAUGAGCCGGAUGACGACGCGGCGUCGAACGUGCCGACGAAGCCGUGGAUUUCGGAGGACGGUGCGUCCUACUACCCCACCACGCUUGGAGAACAAGAUGGAGACGAUGACGGGGCUUCCGAUGCUGCCGCGGCAGAACAGGGCGGCAGGAGCAAGGUGUUUGGCCUGGCCAGGCUCGAGAAGGUCAUGGAGAAGUACUACAGGGGCACCCAGAGCAACGAGGAGUUCGACGGCCUCAAGCGGAGGUGCCUCUCGAGGGUGACGGCGACGCUGGCCAAGCUCAGGGAGCGCGCGGCGGAGUUCGAAGACCAGCUGGCGGCCGCGCAAGAGAACAAGGUGUCCGAGCUGAACCGGCGAGGGGACUUGCUGAUGACGUACGGGUACGCAUGGGAGUACGGGCAGACGCACGUGCACUGCGAAGACUUCGACACCGGGGAGCCUGUGUCCAUCGAGAUACCCCGAGAGAAGACCCCGAUAGACGUGGCGCAGGAGGCCUUCAAGCUCGGCAAGAAGCUCAAGCGGAGCGCGGCUGUCGUCAAAGAGCUUCUGGACCGGGCGAACGCGCAGAUCUUGUACGCCGAGGGGAUCGAGAUGGCGCUGGAGCAGCUUCGCGGCGGAGAAGCAGGGACGGCGUCUUCUCGAGAGGAGCUAUCGGUGUUGAGGGGCGUCGCCGAAGAGCUGGGGAUUCUCGGUGGUGCCGACGCCGCGCGGAGUUUCGCUUCCACGUUCGGGGUGAAACAGGUGCAGUCCGGCGGAACAACCAAUGACGGUUCGGGAAAGCGUGGGGGCAACAGGAAGGGUAGCAAGAAGGGCAAGGGCGGGGGCAAGAAGGGCAAGGGCGGAGGCGGUGGCAGGGGGGGGGGCGGCGGCGGCGGCAAGAAAGCGCCCCCGACAGCCGGUCUCCUCGAGCUGCGCCGUGAGCCCGGGGCGCCGGCGGUUCUCGUCGGGAGGAACAACCAGCAAAACGAGCGAAUCACGUUUUCGCUGGCGAGGGCCCACGAGCUGUGGCUGCACGCGAGAGGCGUGGCGGGGGCGCACGUGCUGCUCAGACUGGACCCCGGGCAAGAGGUGGAGGACGAUGACCUAGCCUUCGCCGCGGAUGUUGCUGCUUUCUUCUCCAAAGCUCGGCAGUCAGCAAGCACCCCCGUAGACUACAUUUCGCCGAAGAUGGUAAAGAAGCUGGGGGGAGGCGGGCCGGGCAUGGUCAAAUUUGACGGUGCGAAGGUGGUCCGGGGAGAGCCUGGCAGAGUUGAAGCCGCGGUUGCCGAGGCCACUCGUCUUAGGGAGGAGGCAGCAAGAUAGCACGCACCGUGCUGGUCGCACUUAACGCUGGCGAUCGCGAGACGAUCCGCCUCGGUACAAGAGUGCCUGGUGUCCUUACCGAAGUUCACUAUGUGACGAGUCCAGAGGUGGUGAUGGUGCAACAUGUGAAAGUCCGCAAUUAGUGCAGAGAGGAAGGCACAGUCCUUGGUUCUGGAUCUCCCCUACUUUGGAGGUGUGGGUCGACCCGUGGCCGACCUGAUGUUGCCAUGCGCGCGAGCCGCUCCGUGUUAUUGCAUGAUGUCUGCGGCGCUGCUGCUUUGCUGCGAUGCUUUGUACACCGACGGAGUAUUUGUCUUCGGGAAAUUGGUGAUCAGUGUUUUCAGCAGAACGAAGGACUGCCAUGCUGCGUAACGCACUUCCUCGGCUUCCACCACAAAUGUUUUUGGGCGGUUGUCCAGCAGCUCACCCCAAGUGGGCGCCGGCAGUUAGUGGUCGUGGGUGAAGUUUCAGGUUCCGAGUUGCAAAGAGGAGACGACCGGAUGGUUGGAAGUGCUCUUGUUAGGAAUAUGUCAUCGUGUACAUACGUCUCGAGAAGAGAGGACAGAAAAUGAACAAAACGGGAGGUUGUGUUGUGGCUCCCUGGCGUUCUAGCAGAGCACGGGAAACAAAGAUUUGUUUUUGUAUGCGCCAAGUUAUUGUAUGCGCCAAUAAGAAUGGAGCGUGUGGAAUAGAUGCGCGCUGGGGAAAUAUUUGGCGGGUCUCAGUAAACGUUCACAGGAUGACAUUGAAGGCAAUUGCUCACACAAAGAUGGGAACGGCGAUGCUCACAUGAGAUGAGAGAGGAACCAAGAAGAGAGCAAGCAUAGACAAGCAAGCAUCGAGGAGA